ACGUUCUUACCGCUGCGUUUGGUCUUUAUUGGUUAAUAGGACGCGAAAGGCUCUUUGGGGAAAUACCCCGGAUGAGCCGGUUCGUGCGGGCACUGGGACUGAUAAAGAAGAGCAGGUUUAUGGAGGCAUAUUGUUGAAUAUAACGAGUAUUCGUUAAAUUUUAAUCACUUUACAAAGCUGACCAUGGCCAACAACGAAAAGCUUACCACAGUUGACUAUGAAGUUUUUGGAAGAGUACAGGGAGUGUUUUUCCGCAAAUAUACUCAGGCUGAAGGGAAAAAGCUUGGCUUGGUUGGCUGGGUUCAGAAUACAGAGCAGGGAACUGUAAGAGGGCAACUGCAAGGGCCUAACUGCAAGAUCCAGGCAAUGAAGGCAUGGUUAAAGAACAAAGGCAGCCCCAAAUCACGGAUUGAUAAAGCAGAGUUCAGCAAUGAGAAGGAUAUUCAGAAGCUGGUUUUUGAGGAUUUUACUGUUCGUAAAUAACUGUUUGAGAAUUGCAAUUUUAUUUUCAUACCUUAACUAAUAGGACCAUUUGUUGGAUGUUGUUAACUCUUCAGUUUGUUUCACUUUUUAUUUAUCUACAUAUUUUUGGGCAUUAAAUGCUUGACUGGUAUCUUUAGAGUUGUUUACAUGGCUGUAUACAAUUUUUGAAUAAGCACUGAAUAACAUGAGCAGUUAUGUUUGUCCACAUUAUAUUGAAAAUAAUACUGCUGUAUCUUUGUAACUAGAAUUCUAGUUAAGUAAUUUCAGCUGCUCUUAAAACAUUUGUUUGGAAACUGUAAUUGCUUAGAUUUGUUAGAUAUGUGUAUUAGUUUGAGCCUAAAAGGAAUUUAAUGGCAAAGACACUGACUAAACCUCCUGAUAGCAUUCCUUGCAAAGGAGUGAAAGGUGGUCAUUACAGGUAACAGCUUCUCUAUCUCUCAUUUUAGUUUAAUUUUAUAUAUAGUACACUUACAUUUACAAACUCGGAAAGUUGUACACAUUUACAAAAAUUGAUAAAUCAAUAAAGUAAGUGGCAAAUUACAGAAACACAGCACAGACUGCAAACUCUGUACAGUUUGCAAGUUGAAAUAUACCAUGAUUACUGUAGUAAAAUAUUAACAAUUAAAUGGAUUGUUAUAAGUAUUGUAAAGUACUAGCUGGCAACACAGAAAAACAAAGUACAUCAUUUUUUAUGUUUUACCCCUGACUGUGACACCACAGUGGUUGUACAGAUGCGUUUAUAAUUAUUACGUUAUCCCAAAAUUAAUUUUACGUAGGAUAAAGUGCUUUUUGUAAAGCUAAUACUUCUUCAGUUAAUAGGAGAAGAAGGUUCAAUGCAGGGGUUUUGCUCAGCACCUUGUAGUAGGUUACAGAGAAGAUGAAAAUGAUUGAAUGCCAUCGUUUCUUCAGGAGGACAUCACAAGGCAGUCAACAUUGUAGUGGCAUGAUUUGUGUGUUAUUUUUAAUUUUGACAGUUGUUACUAUGUAAAGUCAACAUUUUAAUGCAACUGUUAUCUAUCUAAACUGAAUUUCACUUACAUUAAGUACAUGAAUAGUAAACAUUACAUAGAUUUGCACUUUAAUGUUUGCCAUUAUAUUUUCAAGUAGCGUCCAGUCACUGUUUAGUCUGGCUGCCUCUGUUCAGAUCUUACCUUUCUUGGGGUGCCCUUGUAUAGUUAGCUUGGUAUGUCUCCCAGUUUUUAAAGGUGGUACUUGUACAGCCUGGGUACCCCCUCAUGAAGCCAGUCAACUUAAGAAUUUCCAAGCCCACCUAAUAAAAGAGUGUGUGGUAAUCGGGAUGCGUACACUGUGUGCUUCAUUAGUUUGUGUUAGCCUGAUGACUAAAUGCUCAUUUUUAAGAAAGUCCGUCUUAGACACUAGGUGUUAAAUUUGCUAAUUAGUGUAUCUCUGAACCGUAUGCAUUGUAUUAUUAUUGUAUACAUGUAAAAAAAAAAAAAAAAAGUCUGCAUAUGCAGUAAUUCUGUGCUAAGACAAAACAUUAUUAUGAACACAUUUGUUUUUAUGCAAGGUGUGUAGCUCAAAAUGCUUUAUAAGAUGAUAAAGAAAUACUUGCAAGAAAAAACAGCAAAUGAGAAAUAAAUUAGUACAUGAUUGAAUGAAUUAGUGGAUAAAUGAAAUAGCAAAAACUGUAAAUAAGAAUAAAUCAAUAUGCACUUAAAUAACCAAGAUAUAUAAAGACUAGAGGAAGUAGAGUCCUUAGUUAUAGGUGGUUUUAGGUGUCUUGUGAUUAAAACAAUAAGUCUGAUGCUAUGGUCAGAUUGCCAUGUAGAACAGAAAAAAUAAAAAUACACAGCUGGCACAAUCUAAGAACCGAAAUCUGCAAAGGUUCCAAAGUCAAGAGAUCACCAGCCCAGUCAUAAAUGUGCUUAAGUUGUUCCUUAUUGUUUGUAAGCUUUGUUCUGAAAGGUUUGAUGCAGGUGCUCCCAUCAACAGUUAGAAAGUCCGCAUGCAUUCCACCAUCACAGGCAGCUGCACAGUACUUUGAUCAGGUGGUGGUUGUGGCGCAAAGCAGGCAUUGUUUAGUCUGUAUAUUUUGUAGUUCAUUACUUAUUUUACAGCAUGCUGAGAUUUUGGUCAUAUUUGUUGUAAUCAAUGUUUUAUAUUGUUUUAAAUAUGUUGGCUUUCAAAACCAGGUAUUACCUUGCACAUUCUGUUUUAUGGCAAAAUGAGUUAUGUUUGAAUGUAAUGCAUUUUAUUUUUUUAUGUCUUGCAGUUUGUAUUAUAGAACUGUAUAUAAGUAUAGUAACUACAGUAUUUCAGUCUGUCUAUCAAUUUACCUUUAAAUAUUUCACUGUGUUGGUGCAUACAUACAUGUACAUUUAGUAAAUGUACUGGUCUUCAUGCAAAGUUUUCUGAUCCAUUAAUUACUACAGUAUGAAGUGUGCAUUUCUCACUACUUAAUUCUGUACAUAAAGGAGCAGCAGCUCUGAUCCAGUUGUCCAUAAAAACCAUUGCAGGUGUCUGACUUGAAUAAAGUGAUGUGCCGUGCUGA